AUGGCGAACAUAGCCCUACCGAAUUCUACCACCGAGACGCUCAAAAGAUUGGAUAUUGAAACCCUGGUCAAGAAAGUCCAGAACUUGAGCCACCUCGGCAUCGAAGAUAACAACAUCACCCUUCCCAAGAUCUGCGUUGUUGGUGACCAAAGCACUGGGAAAAGCUCUCUCAUCGAGAGCAUCUCCGGCAUCAAAGUACCACGAAGCACGGGUACAUGCACAAGAUGUCCCAUGGAAAUCAACUUGAGUGAGAGCGACGAAGAUGAAGAAUGGAAAUGUUCCAUUUACUUGUCAACUCGCUACUGGUACUUGCCUACCAUGAGAGCACGACAGAGAUUCCCUCGUAAGGGUCUUGGACCUUGGACUGAUUGCGGCAGUCGUCAACCCGAUGACUUGUUCGUUACUUUGACUGCGCGGGACAAGCACAAGGUCCAAGAUGCGAUCAAGUGGGCUCAGCUUGCGACUUUGAAUCCUGGCUCUGAUUUCAAUAACUACAAACCGGGCAAAAACGCCGACACCACUACCGCCGUCAAGUUCUCGCCAAAUGUCGUUCGCAUCGAUGUCUCAAGCCCAAACUUCCCUGCGCUCAGCUUCUAUGACCUGCCUGGGGUGAUCAACCAGUCAGAGCAGGACGAUGAAAAGUAUCUUGUUCCGCUUGUCGAGAACCUGGUCAAAUCCUACGUCUCACAAGAGAAUUGCAUUGUCCUGUUGACUUUGACCAUGACCGACGACCCUACCAAUUCGAGUGCCGCCCGACUUGUCGGAGAAGUUAAAGGCGCCAAAGAGCGUACUCUCGGCGUUCUUACGAAGCCCGACAAGCUUGAUGGUCGAGAGUCCUACCAGCAGUGGGAGGAUAUUCUGAAUGGCAGCAAGUUUAAACUCGGCCGAGGAUACUACGUAGUUCGCAACAACCCGGAUCCGUCUGUGAGCAAUGACCAGGCGCGAGAGGAAGAAGUACGGUUCUUCUCUACAAGUCUUUGGGUCAACUCUCUAAAGGCGUAUCAAGGCCGCUUUGGAGUCCCUAAUGUUGUGCAGGCGCUUUCAACCAUUCUGAAAGCGCAGAUCCAGACGUGCCUCCCGUCAAUCAUCAAUCAGAUUGAUGAGAAGGCCCGUCGGAUCGACGAAGAACUUGCCACUUUUCCGGCUCCCCUAGCCAACAAUGUCCAAGGGACAUUGAUCAAGAAAAUAAUCCAACUCGGCAUGCGCAUCAAAAACUUAUUCGGAAGCGACCCAGAUACAAAUGUGUUCAGGCGCACCCAAAAAGAAUUAGAGCUGGACUUCGAGACAAUUUUGCGCAUUACGCGACCCCGCUUGAAAACCAGUGCCGUCUCCGACGAGCAUAUCUUGAAAGAGAGAGUCGACGCGGAUUGCGAACUCAUGUUUGCUUCCACCCCCCGCAAGAAGCGUGCCGGGACGUUCGACUCCGAGGCCACGGUCCGAUCACCCACCGUUGUCAAAGCAGAUAAAAGUGACGAUGGAGACAAGUAUUUUAAGACGAGGGCUUUCUCCAGUCAUGUUGCAAGCGGCCAUAUUUUCUCUCUUGAACAUGUGCGGGAGAUUCGUCUAGAUAGCCAAAGUGGUGGUAUACCAAACCACGUUGACACGCGAGCAGCUGAUUUCAUGGCUCGGUUGAGUAUCCAACAUUGGAGCAAUGUCGCCCAUGUUUUCGUGACGGCACUCCACGACCAUGUUGAAGAAGUCUUGACAGCAGCUCUAGAUGAUGAGCUCAGUCAGUACAAGCAGACCGAACUAUAUCGUGAAGUGCAGACGCUCAUUCAGCAGUUCAUGUACGAUGUUCGGACAGAGCAGCUCUGCGACAUCAUGAAGUUUUUCAAUAUCCAGUAUGAGCAACCAUUCACUAUUGAAGAAGGCGAGCAUGAAGCGAAGGCAGGUGAGGCCCUCAAAAGUUUACAGAAGUCCCGGACCGACGCUCGUAUAAAAUGCUGGCUCCGGCUCAGUGGGCAGCCGGCCGAUGAGCAAAGCGCCGUCAAGAGUAUCAACGAAACCAAGCUGGGGCGCGAUCCGUUCCAUCACGAGAUUAAUAUGGUUGCCAAAUGUCGUGGAUACUACGAGAUCGCCCGGGGACGGUUCUUGGAUGUAGUGUGUCAGAUGGUCCGAUACACCAUCCAUAGCAAGUUCCGGGACGAGCUGGACAAGAAGCUUCUUCGAGACUUCACCGAUCAGCCUCCAGAACGCUGUGCACAGCUUAUGGCGGAAGACCCCCAGCGCGAGGCGCUUCGUUACAGCCUGAUCGAGCAACGCGAGAAGUUGCACAAAGCCCAAGGCUGGCUUGCAGCGAUCCGUGGGGAGGAAAAUGAGCAAUUCGACGAUAUCGAGGAUCUUAUGGUUAAAUCAGAGAUGGUCAUAGAUGUGGAUACAGACACCAGAAUGGAUGAGUGGAAUGACGAUGAAGAUUCAAUUUUUGUGCAAGGGUAA